GUUUAUCCGUGACGUCACACCCCUAGCGUCACCAGCAGCCGCCACGGCGGCCGACGUGACGUCACGUACCCCCCCUCCCCCCGCGUGUGGAUCCUGUCGUGGAUGACGUCACUCGCGCGCCCUCCGUUUUGCGGAGAUGACGUCACGUGAUGGGGGCGUGCGUGUGGGGGGGACGGAAGUGACGUCACAUACGAGAGCUGACCAGAGGAGGGAGCGGGCAAGCGGUCCGUGAGUUCGGCCGCCCCCUAGGUAGACUCGGCCUCAAACGAGUUACCUCGUGCGGCGUUGCGUGUAGCGAGUGGGGUAAAUCGUCGUCACUGGCAGAGAGACAAAGGCGGCCGGGGCCCUUCGUAAAAGCGCUUGCCCCGACAUUCUGCAGCGUCCGCCAAAGCCGAGGCCCCGGACCCAAAAAAAAAUGAACAAAGAGGUGAAGAGGAUCUGCUGCCCGGUCUGCAACUGGGUGGUGGUCAGCCUGCCCGCCCUGGAGGACCACAUGAAGCGCCACGCGGGCCGCACCGAGCCCGUCGUGUACCGGUGCCCCCACUGCCCGUACGGCGCGGACACGGUGAGCGUCCUCAUCGGCCACCAGGCGACGCACGACGCGGCCGAGUCGCGCAAGUGCGCCGAGUGCGGCAAGGUGCUGGUCGACGCCGAGGCGCUGCGCCGCCACGAGGCGUCGCACGCCCGCGAGAGGCCCCACAAGUGCACCAUGUGCGACAUGGCGUUCGCGCAGGCCGAGGGCCUCGUCGCCCACCGGAGGAUCCACGCGCGCGAGGUGCUCUUCCAGUGCGUCGACUGCGGCGCGGAGUUCGCCCGCGCCGACUACCUCCGAGGCCACCAGCGGACGCACACGGGCGAGCGCCCGCACGGCUGCGCCGAGUGCGGCAAGACGUUCGCCCGCUCGGGGAGCCUCCGCGCCCACGGCCGGACGCACACGGGCGAGCGGCCGUACGCGUGCGGCGAGUGCGGCAGGGCGUUCGCGCGCUCGGGGGCGCUGCUGACGCACCGGCGGACGCACACGGGGGAGCGGCCGUACGCGUGCGCCGAGUGCGGCAGGGCGUUCGCCCGCUCGGACAACCUCGUCGCGCACGGCCGGCUGCACUCGGGCGAGCGGCCGCACGCGUGCGCCGAGUGCGGCGAGGCGUUCGCCGACCGCGUUGGCCUGCGCGUUCACGAGAGGGCGCACACGGGCGAGAGGCCGUACGCGUGCGGCGUGUGCGGCGAGGCGUUCGCCCGCUCGGGGGCGCUGCACACGCACAAGAUGGUGCACACUGGCGAGAGGCCGUACGCGUGCGGCGAGUGCGGCAAGGCGUUCGCACGCUCGGGGGCGCUGCACGCGCACAAGCGGAGCCACGCGGCGGAAACUCCGUGAGGCGGAAUUGGUCCGGGCGUGCGUGUGUGCGCGGGUUUCGUGUUUUGGUGCGUGCGUGUGUGCGUGUGGGUUCGUGUU